AUGGACAAUCAGACCCAAGUCUCUGAAUUCAUCCUCCUUGGACUCUCAGAGCAGCCGCUGCAGAGGCAGAUGUUCUUCACUUUGUCCUUCAGUCUGUAUCUGAUUGGGUGCAUGGGGAAUCUGCUCACCAUCCUGGCCAUCGUCUCAGACCCUCACCUUCACAGCCCUAUGUACUUCUUCCUCAGCAACCUGUCCCUUCUUGACAUCUGCUUUACAUCCACCACCAUCCCUAAGGUGCUUGUGAACCACCUGUGUGGGCUCAGCACCAUCUCCUUCUCGGCUUGCCUGGCCCAGAUGUAUUUCUUUGUUGCCUUUGGGGCAGCCGACAGCUUUCUUCUCUCGGCCAUGGCUUACGACCGCUACCUGGCCAUCUGCUGCCCACUGCACUACAUGACAAUCAUGAGCAUUCUUCGAUGUGCCUUGCUGGUGGUGAUACCCUGGAUCUCAGCCAACCUCAUCUCCAUGGUCCACACUAUCCUGAUGACCCACUUGUCUUUUUGCUCUAAUAGGAUCCCACACUUUUUCUGUGACCUCAAUGCCUUGAUCAAUCUCUCCUGCUCUGACGCACAAGUCAAUAAGAUGCUGGUGUUGGUCCUUGGUGGUCCAGUGGUUCUCAUCCCUUUUGUGUGCAUCAUGGCCUCCUACACACCUAUUGCUGUGGCUGUGUGGAAAGUGCCCUCUGCCCGGGGUAGGUGGAAAGCAUUCUCCACCUGUGGCUCUCAUCUUUGUGUGGUCUCUCUCUUCUAUGGGACUAUUAUUGGAGUCUACUUCAACCCUGUGUCCACACAUACCACUCAGAGGGACAUGGCAGCCACAGUGAUGUACAUGAUGGUCACCUCAGUGCUGAAUCCCUUCAUCUACAGCCUGAGAAACCAAGAUCUGAAGGGAGCCCUCAGGAAACUUUUCAGCAAGGACGCUGCCGAGACCAGCUCAGCAGGUUUGCGCCUCUUUCUCUUUGCUGAUGCAUAUCCCGCUAACAACCCCUCGUAA